CUCCUGGGAACACCUGGGGCGGUCUUCCGGGAGCGCGCGACCGUGCCCCCCUCCCCGGCCUCGCCGGAGGUGUUUGUCUUGGCCUCUGAUCCCGGCUCUUUCUGUUUCGCUUUUCCUUUCGCUCGGGGUGGGUACUCCCCGGGGGAAGGUGGCCAGGGCGGGGAUCCCAGCUGAGCCCUGGCCCCUAGUCGGGUGCGCUGGCUACAGCUCCCAGGAGGUACGGGGCGCGAACUGCCCGCCCGGAGAGGGGAGGCAUUGGUAGUUCGCAGGGCGCUGGAAUUUUCCCCGAAUGCCUACGCGCCGGCCCCUCCCGACUCUGGUUCUCCUCACCCACUGGUCCGCACUAGCCGCCGGCCGGCCGUCCCGCCCUCUGGACCAGGACUCCAGUUUUGAAUUGUGCUACGUACAGAGUUGUUUUUCCCCUUCUGACCCUUUAUUUUGCUCGUAGUCUCUGCCCCAUCCUCCCGCCCCUGCACGGGCGUAGACGGUGGCUCCCUGCGCCCGGUGCGCUUCUCCAGGGCGCCCCGCGCUCCCCGCUGCGCACGGACGGUAGCUGGGCUCCGCGCCCUGCGCCCCUCGGACCCGCUCAGGGUGGCGGAGGGUGAGCGACACGCGCCCCGCUGCCCCUGCCACGCCCGUGUUUCCAAGAAGAUAUGGUCUGGGAGUCCUGAGCGCCGAGAUUUGAACCUAGACAAGCUCAGAAAAGUCAAGAAAGAGUCCAUCCGGGUGUACAGCCACUUGGUUCUCUGCAGCAGUGUCUCAUCGUGUUCCACGCUGGUGACCUCACACAGAGCACAAAAGCCCAUGUCAGCAGACAGCCAGCCUACCGGAGGUCAUGUGGAGUUCUGGAUGGAUGGCUGCUGGAAACCCAUGGUCUUAGCCAGCUCUUCUUCAAUACUUAAGGAUUUACCCUGACACUGAGUAAUGAGAAUUUCGAAACCAUAUUUGAGGAGUACUUCCAUCCAGUGCUACUUGUGUUUUCUUCUAAACAGUCAUUUUUUAACUGAGGCUGGCAUUCACGUCUUUGUUUUGGGUUGUAUCAGUGCAGCUCUUCCUAAAACAGAAGCCAGUUGGCAUGAUGUAAUACAUGACUUGAAAAGAAUUGAAAAUCUUAUUCAAUCUAUACAUAUUGAUGCUACUUUAUAUACUGAGAGUGAUGUCCAUCCCAAUUGCAAAAUCACAGCAAUGAAGUGCUUUCUCCUGGAAUUGCGAGUUAUUUUACAUGAGUCCAGAAAUGUGGACAUUCGUGAGACAGUAACCAAUGUGAUCUUCCUGGCAAAUAGCAGUUUAUCUACUAAUGGGAAUGUAACAGAAUCUGGAUGCAAAGAAUGUGAGGAACUGGAGGAAAAAAAUAUUGCAGAAUUUCUGCAGAGUUUUGUACAUAUAGUACAAAUGUUCAUCAACACUUCUUGAUUGCAAUUGAUCUUCAGUGUUUCUAUUAUUAACAAACAUCUUCCCAUUGCUUACAGCCAACAAAACACUCUGCAUAUAAAAUGUGCUACCAAAACAAGUUUUUCUAGCAAGAAGAUGAUCAGGAUACUGGAUCAGAUGAACUCUUAGAAAUGACAUCAGAAAAAAUGUCUUUGAGUGACAUAGUUACUAUGAACUUCUCUGAAACUUAUUUUAAUUUAUUAUAAAGUUGUACAUAUUUGUAAUAUAGUAUAAAAUUUUAAAUAAAAUUAUAGGGUUCUUUUAUCAAUUGAAAUUGCACUGAUAUUUCACCUCUCAUAGGAAAAUAGGGGCAUUUGUUCAAGGGUGAUAGUCAAAUUACGUAGUAAGUAGGGCACAACCAACACCAGAGGUCAAGAGCUAUACUGGAUUCAGAUUACCAGCCCUCAUUUACUUCUGGGUUUGGUGCAGCACCCUCGGGAAAAAUUGGCUACCAGUGAGAAAAAAAGGAGCUAUGCAUGUGCCCUCCACUUUACUCUGUAAUUCGGUUAUUGAAAUGUAAAGCACUUGUUAUGAAAGAAAUACAUUGCAAUACUUGGCAUAUAAUGACUAUCAGUAAAUCCUAAGUGGUGGUGGAAAUAAAAACCUUCACUGAAAGAUAGAAAAAUGUACAGAAAAUGAAUAGUUGCAACUAUAUUUAUAUUUCAUGCUUCCCAAAGUAGAGGUAUUUUAUUUUCACAAUUCUGUUUGCCGUAUUUGUAGAAUCUCUUUUUAAAACCUGUUGAUUCAAAAAAAAAAAAACCAAAAAACUGUUGAUUCAUUGUAGUCUGACAGAAAAUAAUUGUUUAUGAUUUUCUGCUUAUAAUUUUUUAUAAUGGUUUAUUUUUUUGCAUUAUACUCUAAAAUUUGCAAGAUUUCUAGCUUUUCUGUUGGUGGAAAGUAGGAAAAAGCCAUAAUUUCAUUUAUUUCUUAAGUUUCCAAUCUAAUCCUUAGAUAAAGGUUAGUUCUCUGAUUGUUGUGGAGGGAGAAGGAAAAUAAUAAUGCCAGUCAUAUUACCAGUAACAUUUUUGGUUUUAUAAACGUAUAGUGUGCUUAAAAUUUGGAAUUUUCCAAUAUUCAGAAUAUAAUUCUUCUCACAUUAGUUACUUAAUAUCAAUCAAUUCAGUUGGUCUUAAGAAACUCCGGGGAUGGGUCUGUAGCCUUUAUUUUCACUGCUAGGGAUUGAGUCCCGGACUUCAAGUGCUCAUUCACUGAACUGCCUUCCCAGUCCUGAUCUACAACUUCUUAAUGUACUAAAGAAAUAAAAUAUACAAUAAUCUCAAUUUUAUUUUUCAUACUUUACUCUUCACACAGUCAGUCUUUGUUAUUUCCAAAUACACCCUUCUUCAGUUGCCUUCCUUCAGUGACCAGCCCAGUGUCAGUUACCUAGAAAAUACUGGGUUCAGGUCUCACCUACUGUCCUACAUGUGGAAAAUAUUUGCCAUACAUUAUAUACAAGAAAAGCACAAAAUUAUAUAUCAACCUCAAACAAUAUAGGUAAGCCUAAUAGAAAUGAAGUUUACAGUCAAAGUCAUAAGGGAGAAUUAUGUUCUUGCAUUUUCUUAAUUUCAGGAAAAGAGAAGAGAGAUGAGAGAAUAUUAGCUCUCUUCUUCUGGCAAUAAACCAAAAGGACUAGAAGGCAAGAGAUAUGGAAACACAGGCAGAACCAAUACUUCAUUUGUGAGCCAAGAGAAUUUUAAAACCUGACUACAAGUCUAAUUUUAUAUACUCUCAUUCUUUUUCUUAGAAAGGGGAAUCAAGAGAAUUGUUUCAUUUUGCUGCUAUUGCUACAGUUUUCAAGAGGGGUUAUAUGUUUUGAUGUGUUACUGCUGAUGCCAUCAAAUUCAAUAACUCAUAUGGUCAAAUCCAUAUAUACAAUAUGAAAAUCAAGUAGUGUUACUGUUCUCUCUUCCCCACCCAACAAAGAAAUACUAGAGAAUGCAUUUUUACUCCUUUUGUAUUUUAUCAGCCUUGAUGUAAGCUCUCUGCAGUCAUAAGUAAGUCAUGGAUAAUGUACACAUGUCACAUACAAAUAUUUUGCCCAAAGCCAAUACCAUUUCCAUAGAGAUUUUGUUUAAUGUUUCUGAGUGUGUCUGAUGACUGAACUAUGUCCUCAGCAAAUAAUUUAUCAUGCGAGGUAAACUUCAGCUACAUUAUGAAAUUCUCUAGUCAUAAUUGUAUCUAUCUGAUGUAACAUCAAAGAAAUAAAUGAAUUAUUAAUGGUCAUGCUUUUAGCCUAUAUUUUACUUCUUCAAUAAUGCAUUUUGAAAUAAACUAUUAGAGGAAUUGAAGAGGAAAUUGCUACACAAAAGCAGAGUUCAAAAUUGUAUAUUUUGCUUUUGCAAACAGUGUUGACCCUUUCAGAGAAUCUAACAUCAUCCUACAAGUUGUUUUUGUGUAUCAUUGUUACCAUUGCUUUUUCAUUGAGGAUUUCAUCCCUUUGAUCAUAUUGGAAUCUUAUCACUGAAAAGCUACUGUAUGCCAACAUAAUGCUAGGUGCUACAGUUACAGCUGUGAAUAGGAAGGCCCCAGUCCCAACCCUCAUGGAGUUUGCAGUCUGGUAGGAGUGUCACAAUAUCCAAUGAAUCAUCCAAGUCCUCAUUUGGGUGCUGUCCUUUUUAUGAAGGACACCAGGGAGGAUCAGAUUUAUCUAAGCAAGCAGAGAGUUUCUUUGAGAAAUGAUAGCAGAGUUUAUCAUGGAUUUUGAUUAGGAAUUGUCUGGGAGAGCAGAAAGAGUUCACUGCAGAAACAGCCCGCCAAGGCCUUGAGUCAGGAACCAUGGAUAUUCAGAGAGCUCAAGAAAUUCUGGACUGACCAGAAUGGAGAAAAAGACCAAGAGAGAAAGCAAGUAUUAGAAAUGUCCACUGAUUUCACAGGCUUUAUUAAAGAAUGUUCCACAUCCUUCAAAAGAAACAUGCUUAAAAAAUUCUGACAUGCAUUAAAAAUACUGGAGGCAUCAUUUCUACUGUCAAGGGAAGAGUUGAAAUCAAAAUCUCCUUAAGCACUAAAUCCCAGGUUCAUAAAAUUAUUUCUGAUAGCAUCAUCUUACAGAAGCUUCACCACAGGAGUCAUUUAGUGAAUCCCUUGCAACACUUGGAGAGAAACAUUGGCAAGCAAGUACUCAUUCACUGUCAACACAACGUUUAUAACUCAUGUGAUUUGAGAGGCUGAUGUCCAGAGAAUUGAUGUGUAAGUCCUGUCUUGUCCUCUGCAGACAGUCAAAAUUGGUGUGUUCUCAAAGUCUUCCCAGAGGAAAGGCUCCUUGCAAGAUGAACAUUCUAAGUCAUGUCUCACUGAGGGCCAUUUGAUGUAAGGGAUCCCAGUGAUUUUCAUCAUGUAAAAUAGAGUCAAGGAAGGGACAGGAGCAGGAAGUUAGUGUUCAGGGCGUGACAAGGCACAACUGAAACAGGAAUUAGAAAGGAAAGAUAUGACAGGGUAGAGAGAGGAAGCUUUGGCACAAAGCAUUUAAUCAGGACAGACUGCACAGGAUUAGAAGACAUGAAAGCUGAUAUGCUUAAGGAGAAGCUAAGAAAGAUGACAAUGCAGAAUAAGUGACAGCUAAAAGCCUGUAGGUGAAAGGGGGGCCUGUGCAGCCACAGUUCUUCAUGAUAAGCACCAUCUUUCUCAACGGUUUUCAAAGGUAAUGGUCAUCAGCCAACUUCAGUUUCCCAACUUGAAGUAAUAAAGUCAAAGCCCCUGAUGCACCUGUGAGCACUGAAGUAAGGGCACACCAGCCUGAUGGAAAUGAUAAGAAUCCUUUUACACAUUUACGAUCCUCUAAAGUUCACAAAGCACUUUUAUCUACAUUAUUUUAUUAGAUAAGAGUUUUUGUGUCCCAUGGGCAUGGAUAAGAAGAGGUGCAGAGCCUUGGAAAUAUUUAUUUUUGUCACUGGUGUGUAAAAAAGAAAAGAAACCACCUGAAACUUUUUUCAAGUUCAGCUGUGUAUUUUUCUAUGCCCUAUUA